CGAGAACAAAACAUUCUUUUUUAGUUUAUGAUCUCCUUUUCAUGAGAAAUACAGACAUUCUAAUUAUAAAAUGAGUAUAAUGAUAAAAAAACGAAGAAAUUAAAAUGUCAAAAACAUCUGAUUUUUGUCAAUAGAUGUCACUAUUACGUCACGGACAUGAAAAUCGAGAGAAUGCAAUUUUCAAAUUAUUACGUAAAUCUAAAUACUAAUAAAUUUUGUUGAAUGGUAUGAUUAUCUUUUUCGUAAUGGGUACUUAAUUAGAAAUGUUUCCAAUUAUCAGAAAAAUUCAUAAUGUUAAAAUUGGGUACAGUACUAAAAAAUAUUUAUUUUACAAAUGAAAAAUGCACCGCACAUUUAAUUCACAAAGUACAUUUUUCCCUAAGAGUAGAUCAUGAAUUGCCGGAUGAAGGACCCAUAAGAACUUUAGAGGACAAAAUUAAAUCGAAGGAAUUACAACCAGAUGCAAUUCAAACUGAAGUAACAAUACAAUUACAGAAACUUUAUAAUGAUAUUAGAGGCUAUGAACCUAUACGGAAACAUAUUUUUAGUCAAUUUUUUAAAAGUAAAAAAAAGGUACCAAAGGGUUUGUACAUAUACGGAGCCGUUGGUGGUGGUAAGACCAUGUUGAUGGAUUUGUUUUAUAAUACUUGUAAUAUAGAAAGAAAAACUAGAGUUCACUUCAAUUCUUUUAUGAUUGAAGUUCAUAAAAAUAUGCACGAAUUGAAACAAGAAAUAGUUAUUGAUUACAACCAAAGAAAACCAAAACCAUUCGACCCAAUACCACCUGUAGCUGAAAAAAUUAUAGAAAAAUCAUGGUUAAUUUGCUUUGAUGAGUUCCAGGUAACAGAUAUUGCAGAUGCUAUGAUUCUCAAGAGACUGUUCACCCAUUUAUUUGAUAAUGGCGCUGUAGUGGUAGCGACUAGUAACAGGCCACCUGAAGAUUUAUACAAAAACGGCUUACAACGAUCGAAUUUUGUACCUUUUAUUGAUAUAUUAAAGAGCCGUUGCGAACUAGCAAAUUUAGAUUCGGGUGUUGAUUACAGAUUAAGAACCAUAGGAGCAAAAACGAACUACUUCGAAAAAGACAAACAUAAAUUGGACCCAAUAACACCGAUUUUUAAAGUUUUGACUGCCAAAGAAAAUGAUGUAGUUCGUAGUAAGACUUUUACUAUUAUGGGACGAGAUGUUCAUUUUAGGAAAGUAUGUGGGGGCGUAUUAGAAACUUCAUUUGAAGAACUUUGUGAUAGACCCCUCGGAGCUAACGAUUAUCUGCACUUAACGCAAUUUUUCCACACUAUUAUUAUACGAGAUGUACCAAGAAUUAAUAUAAAUCGUAUGCGGUCUGAAGCCAGACGUUUUAUCACUCUUAUAGACGCCUUGUAUGACAAUAAAACUAAGGUUAUUAUUAUGGCAGACGCUCCGAUCAAGGAAUUAUUUGUAGUCCCUACUAAUUCGUCUGGAAUCUCGGACGAGGAUAGGAUGCUCAUGGACGACUUGAAGAUGGGCGAAAAGGAUUUGACGGCGAACAUAUUUAGUGGACACGAAGAAAUAUUCGCCUUUGACAGGACGGUGUCGAGGCUUAGCGAAAUGCAAAGUGAAGAUUAUUGGGGCAAACAGAAGUGUACUUAAAUUUUUGAGCGAUUAGUUUUUAAAAAUAAAGUUGUUGAUAAUUUUAUUGAUUAUUCCUGUAGGGAUUUACGCGGGAAGGGUUUAAAAAUGUUUUUCUUUUAUUCUACCAGAAUAAUAUUUAAUUUUUAUCAAGGCUAAUAAUUAAAAUUGCGGCGCAAAGUUUAAUUUAGUAUUUAUUUUUCAUAUCGUACCUGCAUUGCAACAAAAUAAAUAUUAACACCCUUUGUACAACUUUAUAUUGCCAUCAUGUUAUAUCAGUAUUUUGAUUGUUAAUUUAUUUUUAAUAAAUUAUUUUUUUUAAUA